UCGGCUUCACUGAUCAGACGAGAUCACGGUCUUGAUGGGGUUACAACGUUCUCCCAUUUCCGGAUUUUAAUCUUCUUGUAAAUAUUCGGACUCGAACAAAUAAAUUGCUCACAAAUUAAUCUCCGAGUGUAUUCCGCGACAAUAAUCGGGCGUUUAGUGCUACGGGGGUGGAUUUGUUGAUGAACUGUGCUGAAAAGUGCCACCACCAGAAUUACUAUCCAAAAUGAUUUGUCGUGUAUACCUUAGUGUCGGGGCCUUUUUGCUGACCAUCGCAGUGGCAGCGGGUAAGAAUGUACAAGCUGGAGUAACUGCUGUCACUCGAGUGCCACGUGCCCUGAUCCUCCAGCCAGUAUCAAAAUUACAUGAGGAUGAUGAUGACGGUCCCCUGGACUGGCUUGCCAACAUGUUUCGAGACAUGAUAUCCCCCCGAAAGCGGCCGCCACCCUACCAGCAGCAGCCCCCGAUGCUGGGUCCAAUCCGAAUACCCGGAAUGGACGACGAAGUUUACAUAAAACAACUGGACUCACUCGCCAACUCCCAGAGCCGUGUAAUUGUCCGAAUGAUGAAUUCCGCGCGAGGUCAGCCAGGCCAGAUGCCAUCAGCGACGUAUUACACAUAUCAACCGGUGUAUCCAGCUGCGCCAACGCGCCAGGUGCCCCUGCAGGCCCCUAAUUUCAUGCCAAUGGUGUCACCGACCCCCACAACUCCCUGGCCCCAGCACCAGCCGAUGCGCCAGCACUACUCCAUGAACUACAACAAAAAUAUUCACCCGAGCUACAGCCACCCCCAGUCGAACAUGUACCACAAUCAGUUCAGACCAUCAGUUCCCAUGCAUCAGUCCCCCUACGACCCACCGUACGGUCCCCGUUACACUCAGAACCCAUACGGAGCUUAUGAUUUCGAUAAUUCAAUUCAGCACAACCGGGGCCCGCGCUUCGGUGGCGAUCCUCCGAGGCCCACAAAUUACCCGUUGUAUCCACCUCUCAAGGAUCAUCAUCACAUCUUCAAUGAUCAAGUGCAUCAUCACGAUCACGAAAUUAGAAAUCAAUCGGUGAGCAGUGAAGAAGUGUACGACGAUUCUCGUGAGACUGACGUACGAUAUCCUGAUGUUGAUUCCAAGGAGACAUUGAGUGAAUCCAAAGUGACGGACAAGUACAACGAGAUCUAUCGUCCUGACAGAAUGGUACCCACUAAUCCAACUUGGAGAAAUCGCUUCUGGACGAGGACACAGAGAACCACAACGGCAUCACCAGCGGCUGAUAGCAGUGAGGAUGAGGGAAAAGAUAAAGCGACGAAAGAUAUUAAAUUCAGUUCCACGGAGAUUGAGGAAAUUGUGGCGCCAGAUCUGAAGGACUGGAAGGACAGAAAUGAGAAGACCGAGAAGGAGAAGGAGCGGAGGACAGACUCCAGGAUGGACGAGGGCGAAGGAAAGGACGGAAUGACACUGGGGAGGGGGGAGAGUCAGGAGUACGUGGGGAAGAGGUUUGUGGAUGUUCGUGGGGCGGAUGUGCAGAGCGAGAGGCCGAGGGUUUACGAGAAAAUUCAAUCGAGGAAGAGAAAUAGUUGGAAACCGAUUAUUCCCAAGUCCACGCAGUAUCCAGUGCACUCGGAGGACAAUCAGAAGCUGGUGGAGGUGAGCACCACCGAGGCUACCAGGGUGACAAUUGCGGGCACCAGUGAAAAGAACGCGGAUUCCACGGGUGAUCAGUCCCGGAGGAAUGAGGGAAAGAAACAGUCGAAAGGGUAUCAGCGGAAGAUGGGAAAGAGAGACAGGAAAGUGAGGAUUGUGGAGAGCGUGAGUAGCUCAGUGUCCGUGACGAGUUCGAGGGGCAAAAGGGUGAAGUCAACAUCAAGUUGAUAGGUCAUUUUUAAAUGUACAAAAAUUUAUUGUCGUUGGUCUUGAUUCGUAGAUUAAUUUGUUGUUAUUUAAGUACUUUUUUUGCGCGUGUAGUUUAUGUUGUUUUACGUGAUAUUUUUUUAUUGAGAUUAACUGGUACAUCUUUAUACAAAGUGUUCACUACCAUUAUGUGUCUAUAUUAUUUGUUGAUAAAGCCUAAUAAAUGAGAUUA